AUUUGCUACGGGAGACAAUUACAUGGGAAUUACAACUAGCACAGACUCCAGUGUUUCAAAAGAGAAUGACAGUGUAGACACAAGCGAUUCUUCUACAGAUGAUGAUACAAAUAACAAUGCUGAAAGGGAUACAGGUAGCAGGAAUAAAAAUCCUAAGAAAUCUCAUGGUCCAGGUUGCACAGAUUUGAAAAGACAGAAAAAAAAGGACAGAAAAGCUAGGAAAGAACUGUCGAGGCAAGGUGGGCAGCAGGUGUCAGGUUGUUCAGAAACUGGAACAUUUGGUGAUAUGUCAGAUGAAAAGAAUCAUGAUGAAUACAAUAAGCAUGGGAACGCACUACAGAACACAUCAGGACAUCAGAAUUCAAGAAGUAAUGCAGAAAGAAAACCAGAAGACCUACAAAGAAAUGCUAACAAAAAUCAAGUGCAGAGGGAUUAUUGUUUUCAUGUUAUUGUAGCACCUUCUUUACUCAGUGAUUCUAGGGAAGACACUGUUAUAAUAAAAAUUGAAGGAAUAUCUCAAAAUAAAGCUGAACAAAAAUUGAAGUUUAAAAGGGAGCUUGGUGAUGGAUUUGCUGAAUAUGAAGGAAUAAUUAGUGUUCCUAAUAGAUCACACUUUUCUACAUUGUCAUACAACUACUGUGUUAUAGUGAGUGGAAAAGAAAUUCAAGAAUUUGUUCUUAAUCAUGGAGAGAAAACAUUAAAUCAAAGACAACUGAGCCACAACAUGUUGGAGAAAAAAGAAACUUACCACAUAUAUGAUGGAAUUGUCCGAGGGCAUUUGGAGAAGGAGGACAAAAGUGUGGUUCCUGAAUUUCUUUUAAAAAGAUACAAACAAUUUAAAACCUGGCGAGGGAAUAGUGAGUAUCAGAAGACUUUGAGGGAAGAGCUAUGCAUUGUAAUGAAAGCCUUCCUGCCUGAAUUAAAGAAUGUCACAGAUGUUCAAGGAGAGGAGAUUAUAAGACAAGUUAGAAGAAUUUAUGAUGGACUGAGAGAGUAUUAUGUGAAUCUUGAGAAACUCUGGUCCAAUGUUGAUGAUUUUGAGAAUCAUGUUUCCCAACAGUAUCUUGAGAAGUAUUUGAUUUCAACAAGCUGUAACAUCAAGACUAUUGUCUCAGAUGCAAGAUUUGAUGAAAAGUGGCAACAAUCCUAUCUGGUUAUGUGGCAUACCACUACUCCAUUAUCUGCAGGGAAGGUAUCAACCUUACCAACAUGUUCCUGA